AUGGAACCCAAGCAGCAAGCAAAAAAACUGGAGAGAUAUAGGAGACAAAUUGGUUUUGGUCAGGCCAUUUCGAAUGUGUCAAAUAAGAUUUGGGCUUUUAUAGAUGAAGUCUUUGAUGUGACUAUAAUGUAUAAUAUGGUCCAACAGCUGACUCUUAAAUUGUUUCAUACAGAAUCUCACGUUGAAUUUGUGUUAACACUGGUAUAUGCUAAGUGUGACUCAAUUGAGAGAAUUGAAUUAUGGGAUUCUAUGUAUGCUAUGGCAACUGAUAUGACCAUCCUAUGGUUAGUAGGAGGAGACUUUAAUGUCAUUUGGGAUGAAGAGGAAAAGUUUGGGGGACUUCCUGUUUCACUCAAUGAGAUAGAUGAUUUUAGACAUUGUGUAAACACAUGCAGUUUAUAUGAUUUGGGAUUUAAAGGAAGCAUUUUUACCUGGUGGAAAGGAAGAGCUGAAGAUGAAUGCAUAUUUAAGAGAUUGGACAGAUGUUUGGCAAAUGCAGAAUUCCAAGAAACUUUCCCUGGGAUAGAGGUAACUCAUUUGUCCAAGACAGGUUCAGAUCAUAGCCCAAUGCAAUUGAAGUGUGAUACUGAUACUCCUCCAAUAAAGAAACCCUUUAGAUUUCUGAAUUUUUGGGUGGAGCAUGAAUCCUUUAAAGAGACAUUAAAAAAGAAUUGGAGUGCAGAUUUUCAUGCCAAUCCCUUUACAUUAUUUAAUCACAAGUUAAAGAAGGUAAAGAAGGCUUUGUCAGGCUGGAGCAGAGCCACCUUGGGUGAUAUUUUUCAAAGGAUAGCCAGUCUUGAGGAAGUUGUAGUGGUGCAUGAAACAGAAUUUAAAGCAAAUCCCACAGUUCUGAAUAGAGAGAGACUUCGAAGAGUGCAGGCAGAAUUGAUCAAGGUACUAGCAUUAGAGGAAAAAUACUGGAGGCAGAAAUCUGGAAUGCAUUGGUUCAAGGAUGGUGACAGAAACACAAAGCUCUUUCAUGCUCAAGUUAGAGGUAGAAGAAAGUGGUUACAGUUAAAUAGAAUUCAAAACAGUGAGGGAAACUGGAUUGAACAAGAUGAAGAGAUUGCAGUGGAAGCUGUAAAAUUUUAUGAAGGCCAGUUCAAGGAAACUUCACCUCCCACCUCAUUUGAUAUUAUAAACCAUGUGCCAACCUUGCUUGAUGAGGAGCAGAAUUCCUUGCUAUAG